UGACGCACUGCUCCGGCCGUUGCCCCGCAGACAGAGACGGAGCAGCGGGGCGGGGCGGAAAUGACAUCUGGGCCAAGAUGGAACCGGCCCGCACUGGACGGUUUAGGAGCCGUUGCUGUGGAGGGAGAGACGGGGACAUGAGCGGCCAUUGAGCGCGGCCAGUGUGCCGGUGAGCCCCCCCUGCUCAGUGGGCGGGCUGAGCUUCGAUGGAGGACCACAUGAUGGGGCACAACAAGGAGAAGCGUUAUGAGUGCGACGUCUGUGGCAAGGCAUGGCAGAGCCCGAGCAUGCUGGAGGCCCACCGGCGGGUACACACGGGAGAACGCCCCUUCAACUGCUCGGAGUGCGGCAAGAACUUCACCCGCUACAGCAGCCUGCUGCGGCACAACCGCGUGCACUCAGGCGAGAGUCCGUACACCUGCAUUGAUUGUAACAAGAGCUUCACCCAAUCCAGCAUCCUGCUGGCGCACCAGUGCACCCACACCGGCGAGCACCCCUACACCUGCGCCCAGUGCGGCAAGGGUUUCACCAACACCACCAAGCUGCUGAGGCACCAGCACACCCACACUGGCGAGCGCCCCUACACCUGUGUCCAGUGCGGCAAGGGCUUCACCAGAUCCGACAGCCUGCUGGAGCACCAGCGCACCCACACCGGUGAGCGCCCCUACACCUGUGUCCAGUGCGGCAAGGGCUUCACCAGAUCCGACAGCCUGCUGGAGCACCAGCGCACCCACACCGGUGAGCAUCCCUACACCUGCACCCAGUGCGGAAAGGGCUUCACCAACACCACCAAGCUGCUGGAGCACCAGCGCACCCACUCAGGCGAGCGUCCCUACACCUGUUCCCAGUGCGGCAAGGGCUUCACCUACUCCCACAACCUGCUGGAGCACCAGCGCACCCACACCGGCGAGCGUCCCUACACCUGCGCCCAGUGUGGCAAGAGCUUCACCCACUCCAGCAGCCUGCUGGUGCAUAAGCGCACCCACACCGGCGAGCGCCCAUAUACCUGCACCCAGUGUGGCAAGAGCUUCACCCACUCUGGCAGCCUGCUGGUGCAUCAAGGUACCCACACUGAUAAGCGCCCAUAUACCUGCGCCCAGUGUGGCAAGGGCUUCACCCUCUCCAGCAGCCUGCUGAAGCACCAGCGCACCCACACCGGCGAGCGCCCCUAUACCUGCGCACAGUGUGGCAAGGGCUUCAACAACAACACCAAGCUGCUUGAGCACCAGCGCACCCACACCGGCGAGCGCCCCUACACCUGUGCCCAGUGUCACAAGAGCUUCACCCUCUCCAGCAGCCUACUGAGGCACCAACGCACCCACACAGGCGAGCGCCCCUAUACCUGUGUCCAGUGCGGCAAGGGCUUCACCAGAUCCAGCAACCUCCUGGAGCACCAGCGCACCCACACCGGCGAGCAUCUCUACACCUGCACCCAGUGCGGCAAGGGCUUCACCAACACCACCAAGCUGCUGAGGCACCAGCACACCCACACCGGCGAGCGCCCCUACACCUGUCUCCAGUGCGGCAAGGGCUUCACCAGAUCCGACAGCCUGCUGGAGCACCAGCGCACCCACACCGGCGAGCGCCCCUACACCUGUGCCCAGUGCGGCAAGGGCUUCACCAGAUCCGACAGCCUGCUGGAGCACCAGCGCACCCACACCGGCCGCACCCACACCGGCGAGCGCCCCUACACCUGUUCCCAGUGCGGCAAGGGCUUCACCAACACCACCAAGCUGCUGGAGCACGAGCGCACCCACACCGGCGAGCGUCCCUACACCUGCGCCCAGUGUGGCAAGAGCUUCACCCACUCCAGCAGCCUGGUGGUGCAUGAGCGCACCCACACCGGCGAGCGCCCAUAUACCUGCACCCAGUGUGGCAAGAGCUUCACCCACUCCAGCAGCCUGCUAAGGCACCAGCUCAUCCACACAGGCGAGCGCCCCUACACCUGUGCCCAGUGCGGCAAGGGCUUCACCCGCUCCUCCAAGCUGCUGGCCCACCAGCGGAUGCACGCCGGCGACCAGCCCUAAGACUGCCCGUACUGUGGUGAGGCGUUUGACAGCUCGCGGGGGUUGCGGCAGCACCGGCGGACCCACACCGGCGUGCAGCUGCUCCCACUGUGACAAGAGAGCAUGGGGGCUGCAUCGUUGUAAAUGCAUUUCGUUGUCUCUGUACUGUACACUGACAAUGACAAUUAAACUUGAAUCUGAAUCUGAA